GGGGCUGCUGACCUCGGCUGCCGGAGGAGGCCCCUCCGCGCCCCCUCGCCGGCCUCCGCCGACAGAGACCCUGGGCCUGGCAGGACCAGGAUGCUGCCCCCUCUCUCCCCCCCAGGCCCCACCCAGCACCUCCACCGGCAAGACCAUCCAGUCUGACUGGAGACAACCGGAUGCCAGCUGACCCUGGGCCCGAGGCGGGCAGUGGCUGGCCGGGCCUCCUCAUGUCCUGCCUGAAGGGCCCCCAUGUCAUCCUCAAGAUGGAGGCCAUGAAGAUCGUCCACCCUGAGAAGUUCCCCGAGCUCCCCGGGGCCUCCCCCUGCUUCCCACCUGCACCCCGGCCCACCCCCGCUCUGGCGCCCAAGCGCGCCUGGCCCUCCGACACAGAGAUCAUUGUCAACCAGGCGUGCGGCGGGGACAUGCCCGCCUUAGAAGGGGUGCCCCACACCCCACCCAUGCCACGGGGGCCACGCAAGGGCAGCGCGGAGCUGGGCUUUCCCCGAGUGGCACCGGCAGACGAGGUCAUUGUGAAUCAGUACGUGAUGCGGCCGGGCCCCACUGCCUCGGCCGCACCUUUGUCGGGGGCAGGGGCGGCCGGUGAGCCACUCGAGUGCCCCACCUGUGGGCACACGUACAACGUCACUCAGCGGCGGCCCCGUGUGCUGUCCUGCCUGCACUCUGUGUGUGAGCAGUGCCUGCAGAUCCUCUAUGAGUCUUGCCCCAAGUACAAGUUCAUCUCCUGUCCCACCUGCCGGCGGGAGACUGUGCUCUUCACUGACUACGGACUUGCCGCCCUGGCCGUCAACACGUCCAUCUUGAGCCGCCUGCCACCCGAGGCGCUGACCGCCCCGUCCGGAGGCCAGUGGGGGGGUGAGCCCGAGGGCAGCUGCUACCAGACCUUCCGGCAGUACUGCGGGGCGGCAUGCACCUGCCACGUGAGGAACCCACUGUCCGCCUGCUCCAUCAUGUAGCAUCCACCUGCCCGCUGCUGACCACCGGCCCUCGCUCGAUGCUAUUCAGGGACCCAGCCCUGCCCUGUUGCCCACUGACCCUUCCUCACCCACCGUGGCUUCUGGCCCUACCCUGCGUGGCAUUGUCGCUGCAACCAACUUUGCCAUUAAAACUCUUUGCCAAAGUUU